ACACACACACACACACACACAAACACAGCUUUGAUCUCUAUCUUUAUCAUCAACAUACUCCCAACACACAGUGCCUUUUCAUAUAUUUGUUUCAUUGAGGUGAAGAUUGAUCUAUAUUUAUCCAGACAUUCUUUUCUCACCGCAGGCACCGCCGACUCCAGUUGAUGUCAUUUUACCUCUGGUGAAGACCUCCGUGGAUGGAAUAACACUUUUCUUGCAUCUCGUCUUCUGUCAUCCACCAUGGAGGAACUCCAAAGGAAGCUGGACCAACGCUAUGAAGGCACCAAGCCCAGAAAUCCCCAGUGCUGGAUUUUGGCAAGAUAAUCAUCUACACCAGCAACCUGCGCAUCAUAAGAGCCCCACCGAAGAAGCCUGAGAUUUUGAGGCAACACUCUGUUCCUCCAGUGGAUUUUGAGGAAUACCCCAAGGCCAAGGACAGGGAGCGUAGGAGGAGGACUAAAUCUCCAAUCAUGCAAGAGGAGGUCAAGGAGGAGAAACAGAUCAGCGACCCAGAUGCCAAGGAGGUCGACAGCUGCCAGCAUUGUGGUGGUUCAGGCUGUGCUCCCUGCUCCCUGUGUCAUGGCAGCAAGCUGUCCAUGCUGGCAAAUCGCUUCAACGAGUCCAUCAGCGAUCUGCGUUGCCAAGCCUGCUACCCUCAUGGUCUGGAGAGGUGCCAGGCCUGCUCCAGUAAAUAGCACCAUUUGGCUAAAAACCAGCUCUGGCAAAGAGAAAGAAAGAAAGUUAGUGAACGAGGACUGACGAGCUGUCAGGAUGUUAGAAGCAUCUUCAUGACAGCACGGCUUUAGUCCAAAAAUGUUUUUAGUGGGACAUUUCUGCUAGAAAACAUGCAUCGUUGUUGGAAAGGGGAGUUGUUGACUGUGCUGCAGACAAUAAAAACAUAAUAAAACUACACAAAACAAUUACCGUGUGCAGUGAACAUUACUUAAGAUUGCACAAACACAUAAUGAGUUCCUGUGUUUUCACAUAAUUUUGCACCUGUACACCUCUUUAUCAUAAAACUUAAUUUGGCAAUGUUGGCAACAUUAAUUAAAAUGUUUGAUCUGGAGGUUAAUUGUACUUACUUUUUUUUUAAAUUGUACUUACUGAGAAAUCUUUUGGUUUCUUCAUUUAUUGUGAGAGAUUGAAGCCACUGUAAUGUAAACUUGAUCUUAUGGGUCUGUUUAUUUGCUUGUUUAUGGAGUGCGGACACAGAUUGCAAGACGACAUGAUGGAGGCUGACAUAAUUACCUCCAUCUGCUCAUGCCUCAGUGCAAAGCCCAAGUCUACAUAGUCCAAAGUCGAUGCAAAAGCUUUUUCAACUGAGUCCAUUCCUUUGUCGACACCAUCUUUGUAGUUUUUGUAGUUAGUAGUCUUUGUUGUUCUUUCGCAGCAUAGAGUGCUAUGAUUGGCCAGACUUAAAUUUGUUCGAGCAAUGGUAGACCUGUGAGGCUACAAUGGAGCAUGGUUAGACUGACCUGGUUGCAACACCUUAUCUCAGGUGUAUACUAUUACUUAGUUCAGGACGAUUUGCCAUUUAUUUAUAUGGAUACGGAUUUACGGUAUAACGUUUUGAAGAACUGCUUUUGAUGUGUUCGAGAGCACGUGAUCCAUCACUGGAAUGAAAAUGCAUGGUUCCUUAAAUAUCCGUGAAACUAAGUGACACACAAAUACAAAAGCGAAUGCUGCAUAAUUACUUGUAAUUCAAUCUCACUCGUUACACCUCUAAUCAAUAGCAGUCAGCCACCCUAUCAUGUCAUUCAGGGGUGAUUUAACUGAAAAAGGAAAACAAAAUUUGAAUAUUAUCACUUCAGUGGCAAACGUUUAACACAUCAAACAGCUGCUGUUGGGUCUGAGGGAUCCCCUUUGAGCCGUGCUGCAUUUCUUUACUUAAAAGUAUUAAAUUAGCCCGUGAGAAAUCAUUUAAUCAGCAGUUUGUUUAUUUCCUGAACAGCUAUGAAAAGCCUUGAUUAGACUCCGAUGUGCUUUGCAUUACAGCUUUUCUUCUCUGUGAGCAUUAAGGCUCAAAGUAGAAUAAAGUUUCUGUGAAACACAAAAUAUUGAUCUUCAGAAGUAUCAUAUAGCUGAGCAGGAGUCUGGCCAACAGCCCAAACAGAAAUCACAUUCUUGCCAGAGAAGAACCUGGAUUCAGCCACUUUUUAAGUUUAUUUUCAUUCCCCUGACCUGUCAGCUCCAAGAGCUUCACCGAUUCUUAAGCUAAGACAGCAGUGCUUUUGAACUCUUUUUUUUUUCUCUAACAACCAUUCUCACUCGGUAUUCCACUGGGCAACAAAAGUGAUGAAAAAUUGGGUCACAGAACUUUGCUUGGCCUCUUCUUUCCUGCAGUGACCCAAAGGCAAUGAGGGGACAGACAGGUAAAAGCCCCUCGAGUGUUAAAGAAAGAGAAGAUCCACGAUCCAUGUCUGUUCUGCAAACCGCCCCAAUAUAACAAUUAAAUAUGCAGAAUUAGAAGAUCUACAUUAGGACUAUAUGUUUGUAAUUGUGGGAUAUUUACAAUAGUUUUAAUGUUUUAAAACAUGUUUUAAUGGGAUGAUAAUAACAUUUUGGUGGCUUUACUGGGAGUUGACAAAGAAAAGAUAAAACAAACACAUUUUCUGUCAUAAAAUAAUAUAUAUUUACAUAUAGCAUAACAUCACAUUGAAAUUAUGAUGGGUUGUGUGAUUCCUGGUAUGCUGCAGAUACGCUCAGUAAUUAUGCAUCAAUAUAGAAAAGCAAUACAGGAGGAUAACUCAUGCAGAUGAGAACCAUGGCUCGUGUCACACUUAUUACUGACCGCAGAUAUAAAACUAUCAAUUCAUGCAAAUAACAAAGAUAUUACAAAGUCAGGCACACAGUCAGUCAGAUUCUAGUUGUUUUUUCACACUGAAGACAAUAAAGCAAGUUUUAUUUUUCAAUUCAACUCAUUUAAUAAAACUUCAGUGAUAUACUCAAAAAAAGACUUUUCAUAUCAUUAAAAAAUGCACUGAAUCACUAUUUAUUUGAUCAUUCUUCAAUCAAAGACAAUAUUGUUAAACCACAGCAGCUGCAGGAGCGAGCAAUGGGUUAUGAAACCAAAGGGGGGGAUGAUUCACGGAGAAGCAACACCAUCACUAAUGAUACUUCAUAGGUUUGUCAGUAGUUUUCAUUUGUAACAUCAGACUCAGCGAGCAGAUUGUAUGCAUUAAUCAUGAACGCUCAUGUAUGAUUAUCGCAGUGUGCAAAUCUGAAAACGUUCUCUGCUUGAGUUCACUGUAUAACAGCUCUGAAAAUCUAGUGGUGAUUUGUGCAACAAUCAGAGAAACAAAAAUAGAUCAUCUUUAAAUUGUCAAAAGCACCAGUGCAGCUAAACUAUACAUUCAUCUAACAAAACAUUUAUCUUUGUGUACAAAUAAUAGGCAGAUUUUUUGUGUGUGGCCGUUCUACUAUGACCUUACUCAUUCUCACUCAUCAGCAAAGUAUUCCCAGCCACAUCCAUCCCAUUACUGCUUUUCACACCAUUCUGAGCAUACUUUUGAAAUCGGGCAUGAAAUUCCCAGAAGAUCCGAGCUCAAACUGGAUGACCUAACCCAAAGCAAUCCCGCUGCAGACAAAGGCUCAGAGACCACUGAUGACCGAUGUGAAUACUAACUGAUGCUGUUGAAUUUCAUUCCCUUCUCUUUUUAUCAAAUCCAUUCAUAACAACACAAUAAAACGAUGAAUCAAAAAACACAAUUUGACUGUUUAGUAGUAGUUUUGUUGAUGAUGUUCUAGACAUUAUUCUUGUGGAGCUUGUGGCAUAUUCAUACAGUGCAGCGAUUCAAUGAAUGCAAGCUUUCAGUUCAAUGGAGAAUUUAGUAGAAACAGUUUGUGUCCAUCUCAGGGUUCAUUUCUUAUAUUUUACAUUUCAUUGUCCACUACCAAAAGGCCACAGACAGCAGUCAGAGGACUCCCAAGUGCUUUACAGUAAUUCAUUCAUCCAUUCACACACUGGUGGUGAUGAACUACAUUGUCGCCUCAGCUGCCCUGGGACAUGCUGACAGAAGCAAAUCUGCUGGGCACCGUCCCAUCUGGACAAUGGCAACAAGCAUACUCUUCACAAAAUCUCCGAUCAAGUACAGUUACCUAAAAUUCAUCUGAAUUUGACAGAAAACACAGAGGAAGAGGUUUGGGAGUCUUGUUGAAAGCUGGCUGUUUGAGCCUUCAAACCACCAGGCUGCUAAUUUAUACUCUGUAAACAUUACCAUGUGUUUUUGGUGUUACCCUGCAAACAAAAUUCAAUUCUUUGAAACUUUUAUCCUGUUAAUAAAAACUAAUAAUU